CCUCAGAAAUCAGUUUACAUUCAACAACAGAUCGUACCACACACAUUAAGAUGAAGUUCGUAGCCUUUCUCCUGCUGAGCAGCCUCACCAUUGCGAUGGUUGUGGCAUUUCCUGAUAACCACGCUGCAGAUGUUGGUGUGUCAGAUGGUGAGCAGCAUGCUGUUUCAUUGGCCACUCCAGCAGAUGCGGGGUGCUCAGAUCAAUCGACAUCGGCAGACCAGGUCACUAACUGCAUACGCCGGCCUCGUCAUCUCCUGAGCAAACUGCUCCUGCCAAAAACCGUGGUGGUGCAGCCUGUGAUUGUGGAGCGGGUGGUUCCCGCACCUUAUUCCGGAUAUUCGCAACCCUAUCCCUACUACAACACGGACAGACGCCUCUGGUAGACGACACUUUAAAGAUCUAUUCGCAGCACAUUUAAUAAAAUAAAGGACGCCUGGCCUUAAAGCCAAAGAUUAA